CUGAUGUGACGGACGGGAUAUAACCAGUGUGUUACAUUUAAAAGCUAUUCGCCAUUCUUAUACCAGCAUUUGGUCACUAGAAAAUGAUUCGUCACUGGAAGCUGACACUUUAUCUGAUGCUAUUUAUAGCUGGUAUUUUGACAUAUUCCAUCUUGUACCGGUUGGUUUCGUCUGCAGGUCGGAAGUCACGUGAGGGGAAUAAGGAUAUCGUGAUGUACACCCCUGAGAGGCAGCGCACCGGUCAGGACAUUGUCAGUGAUUUCAAUGCGGCUGAAACAUCACAGGCUUUUGUGGAGCGGAUGGCGCAUAUUCUGGAUGAAAAACUGCGUCUCAUUCCUGCCUCUGAGACGAAAGAUGACUCUAUCACGUGCAUAAAUGAAGAGGUUAUAGGAAACAGCUGCAGCCCCAAGAGCUGUCUUCAGACGCAGUUACCCAGCAGCAGUCGAGAGCGUGUGGAGCAGAUCACACGUCCAAACCAUCUGCGCAUCAGCCGUAAUUUGACACAUCUGCUCCAGCGCAUGCGUAACAACGUGCCGGGCUACUAUGACCUCAUCGUUGUCACAGCGGUGUCUUCUAGUCACUUCACUGAAGCGCGUGCUUUGUUACGUAAUCUCCAAACCAACGUGUUCCCGCACUUGAAUAACUUUACAUUUAUCGUCUAUAAUCUAGGUCUUGAUCCGUUCGAAGUUUCGUUUUUGUCCGAAGUCUGUAAGUGUCAUUUCAUCGACUUCCCUUUUGAACAUCUUCCUGACUUUAUGGCUUACCUAAAGUGUUAUACCUGGAAACCAAUUAUAAUAAAUGCUCAUAUUCAAAGAGCGAAAUUCAUCAUGUGGGUGGACGCUUCCAUCAGAUUUCAUGGAGACCCUGAGGGUUUAUUUGGUUUACUUGAGAGAGCAAAAUAUCGCGGGAUACAAUUAGGAUCAGCACGCCCAACUAUUGCACAUGUAACUCUCACAAGCAUGUUUCACUUUUUCGGUGACGAGGCGUGCGCUUACUCCCCUUAUAUGAGUUCACUCAACUCCAUCAUAGUUGCACAUAAUGAGGAGUUUGUUAAGAAGGUGCUUCUGGAGCCAUGGGCUGCUUGUGCCGUCAGUGGGGACUGUAUGUGCCCUCAGAACGUCAAAGAUCUCAUGGAGAUUAGAAUCAACUGCCACAGAGAUCUUGGCAAAUACGUCUACGGCGUGUGUCACAGGUUCGACCAAUCAGCGCUCGGUAUAAUAGGCACGAAACUGUACCAAGGGAAGUCGGGAUAUAUCUUCAUCAAAGAUUUGAAUUCUUUUGUUGAUGUGAAGCGAGGAGACACAGAUGGUGUGGAGAAGGUAGAUAACCCAAUUCGCGGAAAUCGUACAAGACAAGUGUGACAAGUGUGGUGCUCAGGAGGGGCUGUGUUGGCCUCUAAUCUUACUCCUGACCUCGUUUGUCUUAAGCUUUAUUCUUACUCUACCGGAUAUUCAACGGUUUAUUGUCUUUUGCCUAAUUUAUUAAGAGUUCAAGGCCAUGUGUUUCAUUUUUUUGGUUUACAUCUGAUAAAAUGAAGACAUUUCAAGAAUUGAAACAUCUUAAUACCUUAACAAGACAUCAAAUAUUGUCAGACAACAAGACAUCAAAUAUUGUCAGACAACAAGACAUCAAAUAUUGUCGCAAGCAAAAACAUAUCAAGUAUUUUCAUUUACAAAUAUCUGGUACAACAAAUAAGUAAUGGGUAUUGUAACACAUAUAAACAACAAAUAUCCAGUAUACAACACAAAAUGGUAUCAAUUAUUUUACAACAUGUAAACAAAACAUGCGGGUAUCAAGUAUUGUAACAUACAAACAACACAUCCCGUAUCAAGUAUUGUAACAUACAAACAACACAUUCCGUAUCAUGUAUUGUAACAUACAAACAACACAUUCCGUAUCAUGUAUUGUAACAUACAAACAACACAUUC